CGGCGGCACCCGGGACCCGGGGCCCGGGAGCGGCGGGAGGGAAACCAACGCGGGCGCUGACAUGGGCGGCCGGCCCCGCCGAGCCCACCGAGGGGAGCGCGCCGCCGCGCCCGCCGCGCGCUCGGGCAGCCGGCGACCCAGGAGCCCGGGACCGCAGCUCUGAAGAGCCCGCGCCCGCCGCCCGCGGGCCCCGCCGGCACCAUGCCGAUCCUCAAGCAGCUGGUGUCGAGCUCGGUGCACUCGAAGCGCCGGUCGCGCGUGGACCUCACGGCCGAGAUGAUCAGCGCGCCGCUGGGCGACUUCCGCCACACCAUGCACGUGGGGCGGGCGGGCGACGCCUUCGGGGACACCUCCUUCCUCCACAGCAAGGCCGGGGAGCCCGACGGCGGCGGCGGCGGCGGCGAGGCCCCCGACGAGCCGGCCACGGCGGCCUCCAAGCGCGGGCUGCUGUCGCGCAAGUUCCGGGGCAGCAAGCGGUCGCAGUCGGUGACCCGGGGGGACCGGGAGCCGCCGCGGGACGUGCUGGGCUCCCUGCGGGACUCGGCGCUCUUCGUCAAGAACGCCAUGUCCCUGCCCCAGCUCAACGAGAAGGAGGCGGCGGCCGAGCGGGGCUCGGGCAAGCCGCUGCCCAAGAGCCUGUCGUCCAGCCCGGUGAAGAAGGCGGACGCGCCCGGGCCCGGGGGGGAGGCGGCGGCGGCGGCGGCGGCGGGCGCCCGCCGGAACGGGGCCGCCGCCGCGGGCGCCCCGUCGGACCCGGCCCUGGACGAGCAGGCCUUCGGGGACCUGACGGACCUGCCCGUGGUGCCCAAGGCCAGCCACGGGCUGAAGCACGCCGAGUCCAUCCUGUCCUUCCACAUCGACCUGGGCCCGUCCAUGCUGGGCGACAUCCUGAGCGUCAUGGACAAGGAGGACGGGUGGGACCCGGACGGCGAGGGCGAGGGCCCGGGGGGCGGCGGCGGCGGCGGCUACCGGGACCCGGGGGAGGAGGAGGAGGAGGAGGAGGAGCCCGAGGGGUGGGCGGCCGCCGCCCCCAGCCCCAGCUCGGCCCGCAGCCUGGGCAGCAGCCACGCCAUGCCGGACAGCAGCUCGCUGUCGAGCGGCGCCUCGGGGCUCCCGGAGGAGCGCAGCCCGGCCUUCCGGGGGCCCGAGCCGCGGGAGCGGGCCCGCGCCGCGCCCCCGCGGCAGCCCGACAGGGAGUUCUGCUUCAUGGACGAGGAGGAAGAGGACGAGAUCCGCGUGUGAGGCCGCCCGCCCCCCCCACCCCCAAUCCCCGCAGGAAGGAGGAGCCUCCCGCCGUCUGCUCCCCGGCCUCCACCCUCGUGUGACCCUGGACCUUGCUCCCUCCGCAGGGGCAGCCCACCAGCAUGGAUCCAUCCUGGACGGGGCUGGCCCGCCGAGCCCCAGGGCCAUCGGAGAGCUUGGGGGCAGGGGGGAUGGAUAGCAUCGGUGCUGACUGGUUGCCUGACUUUGGGGCACCCCAUUCCCACCCUCCAGUGCCUGUGCCUGUGGUCCACACAAGAAUCCGCCCCCCCCCCCCC